AUGACUUCCCCCCUCAUUGGGGGUGGGCUUUGGUGGUUCCAGUGGCCUGUGCCUUCUGGCACUUUUUAUGUCGUCGUGCUCCGGGCACAAAGAAAGUGCGCAUCAGACUUCUCAUUCUGCUACAUUAUCAUUAUUCUCUACAUCCUGUUUGUCCUCCCUUCGUCCGGCGCCGUCCCCGCGCAGAAUACAACCAAUGGCCAACUUUUGGUCAUGGAAAAAAGCCCUGAACCGGUGGCUGCCGCCGGUGGUGGCGGAGGUGGUGGCGGUUCUCGUGCCAGUGGCUUGUGCCAUUGGACACCUUUCGUUUCAAGAGCGUUUCUCUGCAAAUACACUCUAAUUAUGAUGACUCCACCCCUCCAUCGAACGUCGGAUAUCGUCUACCCCUCAACUGGCGCCUUCCUCCCCCAGAUUACUACUAAAGGCACCCGAAACGUUUUGGGGGAGGGCCGAGAUCCGUCGGCUGCCGCCGCUGAUGGUGGUGAUGGUGGUGGUGAUGCGGGUGCUGGUGGUACUGUUUCUGGGUCCUGA